AAAGAAGAGAAAAGGGGGGAAAUCACCGUCGUUCUCAGCACGAAGGAGCCUAGUUUAACACUCCGCACCAAUCCAUCGCUCCAUAGAAGCCCCCAUGCCAAAAAAGCUCGGAAUCCCCAGUCAUACAUAACACGCCUUCACGAUCUCUCUCUCUCUCUCUCUCUCUCUCUAAGUUCCAAAGCCCUAGGGUUCCGAAUCCAACACCACCGAUCCAAUCCUAUCCAGUCCAGUUCAAUAAUUUCAUGGCGGACGAGACAGUCUCCGCACAAUCUCCUCCUGUGUCAUCGUCGGCGGCGGCGCCGCUGGGCCACUCGGUGAUCCCCAUAGUAAACAAGCUGCAGGACAUCUUCGCCCAGCUCGGAAGCCAGUCGACCAUCGAGCUUCCACAGGUCGCCGUGGUGGGCAGCCAGAGCAGCGGCAAGUCCAGCGUGCUCGAGGCCCUUGUCGGUCGCGACUUCCUGCCCAGGGGAUCGGAUAUCUGCACUCGGAGGCCGCUAGUGCUGCAGUUGUUGCAGACUAAGAGGAAGCCAGACGGGACGGAGGAGGAGUAUGGGGAGUUCCUCCACUUGCCGGGGAAACGGUUCUACGAUUUUUCAGAGAUUCGGAGAGAAAUUCAGGCUGAGACGGAGAGGGAAGCAGGAGCUAACAAAGGUGUCUCAGACAAGCAGAUUCGUCUGAAGAUCUUUUCACCAAAUGUUCUUGAUAUCACACUUGUGGAUCUACCUGGUAUAACAAAGGUUCCUGUUGGUGACCAGCCCUCUGAUAUUGAAGCACGAAUUAGGACAAUGAUCAUGUCAUACAUUAGGACACCAAGUUGUCUGAUUCUGGCUGUUACACCAGCAAAUUCAGAUUUAGCAAAUUCAGAUGCGCUUCAGAUUGCAGGAAAUGCAGAUCCUGAUGGUCAUAGAACCAUAGGUAUAAUCACAAAGUUGGAUAUUAUGGAUAGAGGUACUGAUGCCCGUAAUUUAUUGCUUGGAAAAGUGAUUCCCCUCCGACUUGGAUACGUGGGAGUUAUAAAUCGUAGUCAAGAGGAUAUUAUGCUCAACCGAAGUAUCAAAGAUGCUAUUGUUGCUGAGGAAAAGUUCUUCCGCAGUCGUCCAGUAUAUAAUGGUCUAGCUGAUCGAUGUGGCGUUCCUCAGUUGGCAAAGAAGUUGAACCAGAUUCUUGUACAGCACAUUAAGGCAGUGCUUCCAGGGCUGAAGUCACGCAUAAGCUCUGCAUUGGUUUCCAUGGCCAAGGAGCAUGCAAGCUAUGGAGAAAUCACGGAAUCAAAGGCUGGUCAGGGAGCUCUUCUUCUUAACAUUCUUUCAAAGUACUCUGAAGCAUUUUCUUCAAUUGUGGAGGGGAAAAAUGAAGAAAUGUCAACAUCUGAGUUGUCUGGCGGAGCAAGAAUUCAUUACAUAUUUCAGUCGAUCUUUGUCAAGAGUUUAGAGGAGGUGGAUCCAUGUGAGGACCUAACUGAUGAUGACAUUCGGACUGCCAUUCAGAAUUCAACUGGCACUAGAUCCGCAUUGUUUGCUCCGGAAGUGCCAUUUGAGGUUCUUGUUCGAAGGCAAAUAGCACGUUUAUUGGAUCCAAGCCUUCAGUGUGCCAGGUUCAUAUAUGACGAAUUAAUGAAGAUUAGCCACCGUUGUCUAGUGAACGAGCUGCAGAGAUUUCCUGUUUUGAGAAAGCGUAUGGAUGAAGUUAUAGGCAACUUUCUGCGAGAAGGCCUUGAACCCUCGGAAACAAUGAUUGGGCACAUCAUUGAGAUGGAGAUGGACUACAUAAACACUUCCCACCCAAAUUUUAUUGGGGGGAGCAAAUCAGUAGAGAUUGCAAAGCAACAACUUCCUAAGGUUUCUCUUCCUCUUUCCAGGCAAAAGGAUGGCAUAGAGCCUGAUAAGGUGCCAACAUCUGAAAGAAGUGUGAAGUCUCGAGCCAUUCUUGCCAGGCAAGCCAAUGGUGUUGUGUCUGAUCAGGGUGUUAGGCCUGUAGCUGAUGUUGAAAAAGUCACAUUGUCUGGAAAUACAAGUGGUUCAAGUUGGGGAAUUUCAUCAAUUUUUGGUGGAAGCGAUAACCGUGCUUCCGCUAAAGAAAGCUUGAUGAACAAGUCGUUUAGUGAAUCUGUUCACAGCUUGGAGCAAGCCUUCUCUAUAAUCCAGUUGAGAGAGCCACCAAGUGUGCUGAGGCCCACAGAAAAUCAGUCAGACGAGGAGGCUAUUGUAAUUGUAGCCACAAAAUUGCUGUUAAGAUCAUAUUAUGACAUUGUUCGGAAGAACAUUGAGGACUUUGUACCUAAAGCAAUUAUGCACUUCCUGGUAAACCAUACAAAACGUGAGCUGCACAAUGUUUUCAUCAAAAAGCUUUACAGAGAGAACCUGUUUGAAGAGAUGUUGCAGGAGCCGGAGGAUGUAGCAAUGAAGAGAAAGCGCACUCGAGAAACACUCCGAGUUCUUCAACAGGCUUUCCGGACAUUGGAUGAAUUGCCUUUGGAAGCUGAGACAGUUGAGAAGGGUUACAGUUUGGGAGCUGAUCCGACAGGGUUGCCAAAGAUCCAUGGAAUGCCGUCAUCAUCACUGUAUUCUGCCGGCAGUUCCACCGAUUCGUACUCAGCUUCUCCUAAAAACCCGAAGUCCCGGAAGUCAUCUCACUCAGGGGAGCUUCAGCCACCAAUUUAUGGUAACACAGAUUCUAAUGGAGGCGGACGCAUGCACAUGCCAGGUCUCUAUCCGACGGUGGAUCUGUAAUGAAUUUGACCGAGCGCAUUAAUCCUCAAGUAUUUCUUAAUGCUAUAAAGGCUUUUAUUAUUCAUUUGAUUGCCUUGUCCAACUUUGGAGAUGGUUGGAAUUCGACCUGCCAGGGAGGGAUCAUUGGUGGGGUCAGCAUUUUCUUUUAACUUGACUUGUGCAAGCCAGAUACUGGUAUUUCUCUGUUCUUUAUUUAUUUCUAUUUUGUUACUAUAUUAUAAUAUAGGGGUGAUAAUUGCAUUGUUUACGAGGGACCAAAAAGAAUAAAAUGGAGCAGAUAGUACUCCUCUAGUCAGCAGCUGCAGCCAUUGAACAUGUAUAUAUAUAUUUUUCCUUUGCAAGCUUUUUGGUUUGAGAUAUGUUGAAUUGUGAUGGUUUUGAGCCAAUUGUAUAAUCAAUCAUCUUUGGAGUA